UUAUAUUUAGCUAUCUAUUAUGACAUUUAGUACUACACAUUUUUGACAUUUACAGUUACAAAAAUAAACACGUUUCUUUAAUGAUUUGAAGACUCGCUUGCGAUUCAAGAGCAAAAACAAUGUCAUGAUUAUCAAAUUUUUAUUAUAUUUCAUAAUUUUGUAUCCAGAAAAUUGUUACGCAGAUGAAAAUGCGACAUAUGAUGAUGAUGAAUUUUUCCCAUAUCCAGAAUACUUUUAUGAAGAAGACGAUUUGAAAUUUGAUGAUAAGAUAUGGGUCCCUCGUGUAGUGGAUGGUGAACCGGCUAAAUUAGGAGAAAUUCCUUAUCAGGUAUCACUGAAAAAAUUAAAGAAAGAUGGACUUUAUAGAAGUUUUUGCGGUGCAUCGAUAAUUGGAGAAAAGAAGAUACUUACUGCUGCACAUUGCUUCUUGGGAAAUAAACGUUUGUCUGCAGUCUAUCUGUCAGGAACGAUUGAUAGAAAUACUCUAAGCGACAUUUACGCAGUAGCUGGUAAUCUAAUGAAUAAAGGUAAAUACAGUUUGGACAAUGAUUUCGGCCAGUGGAGAAGACUGUCAAGUGUGAGAUACUCCACAAAAUAUAAAAGGCCUAAACAUGACAUAGCAGUUGCUUAUUUAGAUGACCCCUUCAUAUAUAAUAAAUAUAUUGGUCCCAUUCCAAUUGCGACGAAAAAUCAAGAUUAUAACAGACUAUGCUUGGUUUCAGGGUACGGAAAGACAAGGAGUAACAAAAAGUAUUCAAGUGAAAUUCUUUUAAAAGCGUAUUUGGAAAUAAUGACUUCGUACAACUGUACUAAACUAUACCACUACAAUAUGGAAACGUUUAUAUGUACUGCUACACAGUUCGCAGAUACUGCAAGAGUUAGUUGGGUGAUUCUGGCGGGCCUUUAGUCUGUACCAACACGAGUGAUCCGAACGAAAGAGAUAUUGGAGUAUUAGUUGGCAUUGCCAGUUCAAACAGCCCAAAUCGAUCUUCUUUAUUCGUGAGAGUCUCUAAAUACUACAACUUUAUAACUAGAGAAACGGUACCAGUUAUUAGGUACAACAAAUACGGGCAACUGCGAUCUAGUUGUAUUGCUCACAAAUUUGACUUCUGUAUGCUAAUUUUGUUACCAUUUGUCACCAUUCAAAUGUCAGUGUUGAGUUAUCAAUUAUGCCAUUUGUUAUUUUACCUGGUCUAGAUGGAAUGGAACCCUAAUUGUUAAGAUAAUAACGUCAUUUUUCUUAACCUGAAUAAAUCUGAUUUACAGAUUCUAUAUUAUAUUUCCAGUUUAAUGAUUCAGUAAAUUCAGAAAGUCUUUUUAAUACUAUAUCAAUCUACAGCAAAAUGUUUUGUAUAGACUGUACAUAAUAGAAGAAUUUAAAAACA